AUGAGUACGGCCAUCAACCCUCCGCGAUCUGUCACUAAUGCGGUGGUGUGCAUAAAUCUAGAGGUGCAACGACAAGCUUUUGGGGGCUGUUUGGGCUCACAUGCUCGUAGCAUUCGCCUUUUAAGGCUUGGUCGGCAUGAUUUGACUGAUGUGCUCGUCCUCUCACCCCCAGUGCUUGCGGCUGAAAAUUCUAAUUUCCGGCGACCUUCGAAUCUGUGUGAGUUUUACGCAAAAGCAGAUGCCUGCGGCAAUGUAACUCCCCUAGACUACACAAAGUGGAAUGCGCGGUCGCAAGCGUUCGUCUCCGGGCACGUUACUCAUCCGAUCGCACUACACGCAUCAUAUAGGUGCGAGGGCUCCUGGUCGAAAGAUAUGGCCGACCCGUUCGCUUCAGCAACCGCCGCCACCCGCUUGCUGCAUCCUUCUCUAAGCACAAGCAACACGCUUCCGAUCGACUUUUUCGAACCAUUAGUGUGCGGUUUUCUAGAGGAUGAAAGAUACGCAAAAUGGGCUGCAGGUUACAUGCCAUGGCAGCUUCAUUGUCACGGCGGUCCGGGAUGUGGCAAGUCGACCUUUGCACUACGGGUCGUAGAAGAUCUAAAAAAACGUCAUCAGAACCAAGGCAUCUCUGUAGCAUAUGUCCAUGUCAAGGAGCGUGUUUUGAACAAUCAAGCAGAAUUCGUUGAAGAUUUUCUUUUUUGCUUAUACAAACAAGUCUGUAACCGACCGGCCAAUGCUUAUGAGAGCGCCCUUCGCACCGGCCAGCCAUCGACUGAGAGACUCAAGCGUAUCCGGGGAGCACUUCAUCAGCAGUUGAAAGAGAAUGAACAUAGCUUCCUCGUAUUCGACGGCUACGAUACGUUGGACAUUGCCACAUGCAUGUUGAUCGACUAUGAGUUCAAGGAUCCGGGCUUGUCCAACAUAUCGCUCCUUGUGACCCGCCGGAGCCCACCCUAUAAACGACCUGAAAACCUCAACAUUGGCUGUGACAGUUGUGAGCGAGCGCACCUCAGCUUGUACUGGCAGUGCCAAAUUUGUGGUGAGAAUGGUCCACAAUACUGCUGCGAAUGCAAAGAAAACGGCGCAUGUACGAACGGAGAACACAAAUUUGCGCUGUCAGAACCUUAUAGUCGCAUCGAUCUGGAUUUAACAAAGACGCCGCGGUCUGCGAUGAUAGGGUUCAUUGCACAUGAACUUGAAACGCACUCUAGGGCCAGGACGCAGGAUGUCAAACAACGCGCGGCAGAUAUAUUAGCGAGGGUUGGUGGUAACAUCAAUCUUGCGAAGCUUAGGAUCGAUGACUUAUUGACAGUGGAUGAUCUUUCCGAUGACCAGCUGCUGAGGGACAGGCUUCCACGAAGUGUCGUUGCCUUCUUUGACGCUGAAAUUGAUAAUAUGUUGCAAGAUAAACCCUUAGAUCGCAAUCUAGGUGUGUUGGCCGUUGCUUCAGUCGCGCAGUACGGGGAUCCACAAGGUUUUGGAAUGAAGGCCGCCGAUCUGGAAAGGUCGCUACGACAGGCGCGAAACUCUUCACCCCAUCUCGUCCUUCACCCCACCAAAAGCCUGGAGGAUGUCAUCACGGCAGCGAACGGAUUGCUCGUUUUGCAACCCUACGAGGACGACCUAUAUGUGGCAUGCUUCAAUAAGAUGCUCAAACUCUAUGCUAGAGAAGAUUACAACGAGGUUUUAUACAAGGCAAAAGCGAGACUAUCUCUUGAGACAGAUCCUUCUCAGCAUGAGGGCACCAGAUCAUGGAUUAUAGCGCCGUCAACAACCUCUCCUCCGACCAUAUCAGAUGUAUUUGACAACAAGGACUAUAUGGACGCAAGGAGCUCUAGUCACGACAGUGCAUACUAUUCGCGUUCUUCAAGCAUGAACACGAAGCUACACAGUCGCAAAACAGUAUCUCACACGGAUGAGCCGAGGGGGCUUUUCGAAUGCACAGGGUCCUUACCCAUUCAGAGCAAUGUUGUUGAGGCGCAAGGACAAAGUGUACCGCCCGUAUCCUUGUGUGAAUUCUGCCAGGAGCAUAUAUUCAACAGCAACGACUCUGCCGGUAGCCAUCACAUGUCAUGUGAAGCAAUACUGAAUUCGCUGACCAGUGGAUGCGUUAUUUGCAUGGAUUUGUAUAUGCACGGCGUCAAAGCAGAAAAUCGCAUGCUAGAACUAGUGCCCUCUGCAUUCAAGGACUGGCACUAUCGAUGGGCACUUCGGAGCACUGGUCGCUCGCAAAAUCGUAAUUCUUCCUUUGGGAUUAACUUCACACCCCUGGCCAGUGGCGGAGAAAAAUUUACGCCGUUGCCACACUCCAAAAAGUACCAUAUAGUCUCUGAGGCGGACGUUAAUGUUGCUGCCGAAGGGUCCCUUGCAUUCUCCACGAACCCAAGCGAACCCGGAGGUGGUUUACAAAUCCGGCAAUGGAUGAAGAUCUGUGCUGAGACUCAUGAACAUUGCAACAAGCAUCAAAAGUCCGAAUUUGUUCCUACCCGUCUUGUAGAUCUGGAAACGGAAGACAGCAGCAUGGUGCGCAUCGUGCAAACGGCGAAGGAGAAUAUCACGGGCCCCUACCUGACUCUUAGCCAUUCAUGGGGUCCGCCCACGUUCCUACAACUCAAAAGGGAUAACGAAUCUGAACUCAUGGGCAAAGGUGUAAUGAUUACUGAGCUUACUCCAAACUUCCAGCAGGCCAUCUCUGUGGCGAAGUUCAUCGGAAUGCGCUAUAUUUGGAUCGAUUCAUUAUGUAUCAUCCAAGGACCAGGAGGCGAUUUCAAGAGUGAAGGUCAGCUCAUGCACAAAGUGUACCGCCACUCGCACUGCAACAUUGCUAUUGCAGACUCCUCGGACUCCGAGGGUGGUUUGUUCCGGCAACGCAACCCAGUGGACAUCUUACCCACGAGCAUAGAGGCCGAUGGGACGGGCAAACUACCACGCGGGACAUGGAGAAUCCUGGAAGACGAUCUGUGGGAUAAAGAACUGCUUGCAACCAAGAUCUACACUAGAGGGUGGGUGUUUCAAGAACGCAUGCUUUCACCUCGUAUCCUGCACUUCGCCGCUUCCCAGAUAUUUUGGGACUGUAGCACACUGAGCGCCUGCGAAGCUCUUCCCCGAGGACUUCCUCAUUCCUUGGACGCGAAGGCGUCCACAGAUCGGCACUGGCGGGGUCGCAUGCAGCGAAUGCCAGCCGACACCCCGCAGAAAUAUGACGAGCCCAUCGUUGGGGCGAGCGAUGAUUCCAUAGAAAUCUUCUGGCGCUCUGCGUUACUGCGUUACACAUCCUGCAACCUCACUAACCAAGGCGACAAAUCGGUCGCGAUAUGGAGUAUAGCCAAGCUGGUGCGCGAUAUCUUGGGAGAAAGAUAUGGCGGCGGAUUGUGGGAAGCUAACCUGGAGGAGCAACUUGCGUGGCACUCACAUGACGUGGUGUUCGAAGGCGACGCUAGAUUACCGGAGCUGCAAAGUCGAUAUCCUAGCUGGUCAUGGGCAUCGAUGAAGGGGCCCAUUGUCGCUCAUAGUCGGCUUUCAACGGCCAGGCAGUAUGUUGUUGAGAACCACGUCGGAGACGCCAUAACGUUCGAAAGCCACUUCAAAGACAAAGACAAUGAACCAAUAUUGGAGAGAAUCCCCAUGGCAUUGUCAGGGAUCGGCCGGGUAUUUCGCCGUCUUUCUUGA